AAACUAACACACUUGGUGAAACUUUACAACAUGUGCUUGCACGUGUUUCUUGAUGCUUCAUUAAAAAAAAGAUAAAGUGCGUGUAUUUUGUGUUUUAAAAAGACAGAUAACAAAAGAAAAAAAGGAAGUGCUCUUCUAACGCAAAGGGCAAUAAAUUAAAAUAUAAAAAAUGGCUCUAUAUAAUUUUAAGAAGAUUGCAGUUGUUCCACCUGCGAAGGACUUUAUCGAUAUAAUUUUAUCGAAGACACAACGCAAGACACCGACGGUUGUUCAUAAGCAAUAUAAAAUCACGAGAAUACGCGCAUUUUAUACGCGAAAGGUCAAAUUUACUCAGCAGAAUUUUCAUGAUAGAUUAUCCCAAAUAAUACAAGAAUUUCCUAAGUUGGAUGAUGUUCAUCCUUUCUAUGCUGACUUAAUGAAUGUUUUGUAUGACAAAGAUCAUUAUAAAUUAGCUCUUGGACAGAUAAAUACCGCCAGGCAUCUAAUUGACAAUGUGGCAAAAGAUUAUGUUCGAUUAUUAAAGUAUGGAGAUUCAUUACAUCGGUGUAAACAGUUAAAGAAAGCUGCUCUGGGUCGAAUGGCCACUAUUAUGAAAAGACAAGGAGCCAAUUUAACAUAUCUUGAACAAGUUCGUCAACACUUAGCUCGAUUACCAAGUAUAGAUCCUUAUACACGUACAAUAAUUAUAUGUGGUUUUCCAAAUGUUGGCAAAAGCAGCUUUAUCAAUAAAAUUACUCGAGCGGAUGUAGAGGUUCAACCAUAUGCAUUCACAACAAAAUCAUUAUAUGUGGGACAUACUGAUUAUAAAUACUUAAUGUGGCAAGUAAUAGAUACACCUGGGAUAUUGGAUCAUCCAUUGGAAGAGAGAAAUGUAAUAGAAAUGCAAGCAGUGACUGCUCUUGCUCACUUGCGAGCUGCUGUGCUUUAUUUUUGCGACUUGUCCGAGCAAUGUGGUCAUACUUUAGAAGAACAAGUAAAACUAUUUGAAUCUAUAAAGCCUUUAUUUACGAAUAAGCCUUUAAUAAUAGUGUUGAACAAAACGGAUAUUGUACGUUUAAAUGAAUUACCCCCCGAAAAGAGGGCCAUUCUAAAAACAUUCGAGAACGAUGCAAACAUACCUAUGUUAGAAAUGAGUACCAUUACCGAUUUCGGUGUAAUGGAAGUAAAAUUAGAGGCUUGUGAACGACUGUUAGCCUUUAGGGUCGAUCAAAAAAUUAAAACUAAAAAGGUUGAAGGACUUCUUAAUCGAUUACAUAUUGCUCAACCGAAAAAAAUAAAUCCUAAUCGCGUCCCCUGUAUACCGGAGAAUGUUUUAAAGAAAAGACAGAUUGCCGCAGAGAAACUCGAGAGAAAGCGCAAACUGGAGAGGGAAAUAGAAGAGGAGAUGGGAGACGAUUAUGUACUCGAUCUGAAGAAGAAUUACGAUAUCGAGGGAGAUCAAAAGUACGAUAUCAUACCGGAGAUUUGGGAAGGUCAUAACAUAGCAGAUUACAUAGAUCCAGAUAUAUUCGAGAAAUUAAAUCAAUUGGAAAAGGAAGAACAGUUGAGAGAAGAUGCUGGUAUGUAUGAUUACAAAGUGCCUGAAUUGUCGGAGACAAUGCGCGAGAUUAAGCAGCUGGCAAAACAGAUUCGGGACAAGAAGAUCAUCAUGAAAGAAGAGGCGCGGAUAACGAAGGCUUCCACGAAGCCAAUUAUGCCUCGUACAGCCGCGGCCAAGAUCCGCGACCGAUCGGUUGCGAAGUUGAAGGGGCAGAUGGAAGAUUUGGGUGUGGAUAUGGAAGAUACUAAAAAUGCGCAUUUCAAACGAACGAGAGGACGAUCACGAUCGCGUUCAGAACCCGCUAUGAAACGUAUGCGUUUGGAAUCGAUGUCACAAUCACGUGCUCGUAGUAUGUCAAGACCACCGAGAGAUGAAAUGGGUGUUAAAAAUGUGGAGAUGAAGACAAAACUGAAGAAUAUUGCACACAAGGCGUUAAAGAAAAAGAUAGCCAAAAAGGGUCUCAAGGGUGAAGCUGAUCGUUUCAUUGGCAACAAAAUGCCGAAACACUUAUUUGCCGGUAAAAGGGGAAUCGGCAAAACGGACAGAAGAUAAAGUUAUUUAUUUUACAUAUAUCUCACAUAUUAAUUCUUUUAUAUUACAUAAAAAUAUAUAAAAUAUGAUAAAAUAAAAAUAUUUCCAAAAAUAUAUGCAAGAAGAAAUGUUUGUAAAAUGUUUGUAAAUGUUCUUAGUUGAAAUAGUUGUUGAAGGCAUCGUCUUUUGGAACACUACAUGCACUUGGAGAUUAUUGUUAGCCAAUUUGUAAUUCAUGAUCAAUAUGAUGAAAAAUACGAUUACAAUUUAUGAAUAAAACUCAUGAGAUACCAGUUGGUAUGUUUGUCAAGAGUAAAAAGCUAGGAGAUCUCAUUUUCUUCGUUAUUAUCACGGCGGCAAUAAUGAUAAAAUAAAUAAAUAUUUCCCAUUUAAGAAUAGUAUUUUUAUGAUUAUUCGGCAUAGCAUCAAUGCGCGUGGUUGCAUAAUAUAUACAAGGAAAUCUUAGAAAUCGAAUAGGAUAAUUAGUCUCAUGCUAAAACUUAUUGUUCUACUAUUAUUGUUCUGGCGAGAUAAUCGUCCGCGCUGAUAGUAAAUUUUAUGUUACAUUUAUAAAAUUGUAACGCUUAAUUAUAAAUUAUAAAAUGUCGAUUUUAUAAUUUAUAAUUCUAAUUUUAAAUAUAAAGAGUUACACAAUAAAAUAAAAUAAUAAAACAAAAUAAUAAAGUAUAUAUACAUAUAAGUACAUAUACAUAUAUACAUAUUUUUAUUAAGAAUUAAUUAUUAAUAAUAAAAUAUUGAUUUAAAGUUUACAAAAUUGUGGAAAGUAAUGACUUCCUUUGAUGAUUUUUCAAGAUAUUAAAUUAACUAUAAUUUUGUAUUAUUUUUAAAAAAUAUAACUUAUUUAAAUGUCAAUACACACAAAAUAGAAAAAAUAAAUAUAAAACUGUAUCUCUCAAAAUUAAUAACUUUUAUUUUUUAAAUUAUUAUAAUCUAAUAUAUAAAAUAGGGAUUUUAAAUGUAUUCUAUUUGUUUAGUUCAUUUAAUGUAUAUUAAAGAAAUAUAUUAAAUAUACAUCUUUAAAUUAACAUGUAA